CCGCCCCCCGGACCUCCGGAAGCCCCCUUCCCCCUGGUUCUAGACCUGCUCGGAAAUCCCUUCCAGCUCCCCUGGAUGGCCAAGGAGUUUGGCUUCGUGCUUCCCUCCAGCUCGCCACUGUAACUCCUCCCGCCCCCACCCCGCUCCGGGAUCCAGCCCCCCCGACCCCCACGGUCCGACGAGAAUCGGAGGGGCCCUGUCCCAACGCCUGCCGAUCUCCCCGGUGACCCCCUGACCCCAGCCUCCCCGUCCCUCGUCUGGGCCUCUUCCCCCUCGAGUCCUCCCGGACCCGGGAUGAAGGGUGGGGAGGGCGAUGCGGGGGAACAGGCCCCCUUGAACCCCGAGGCGGGGGAGAGCCCCGGAGGCUCGGCCACCUACCGAGACUUCGUGCAUCGGGGCUACCUGGACCUUAUGGGGGCUAGCCAACACUCCCUCCGGGCCCUCAACUGGCGGCGACUCUACCUCAGCCGGGCCAAGCUCAAGGCCUCCAGCCGCACAUCCGCCCUCUUGUCCGGCUUCGCCAUGGUGGCCAUGGUGGAAGUCCAGCUGGAGACGUCGUACGACUACCCGCCCGGGCUGCUGGUGGCCUUCAGCGCCUGCACCACGGUCCUGGUGGCCGUCCACCUCUUCGCUCUCAUGGUCUCCACCUGCCUGCUGCCCCACAUCGAGGCCGUGAGCAACAUCCAUAACCUCAACUCCGUCCACCAGUCGCCCCACCAGCGGCUCCACCGCUACGUCGAGCUGGCCUGGGGCUUCUCCACGGCCCUGGGCACCUUCCUCUUCCUCGCCGAAGUCGUGCUGGUCGGCUGGGUCAAGUUCGUGCCCGUCGGGGGACCCACCGGGACCCGGGGGCCCGUGAUGCCCUCGCCCCUGGCUCCCCGGGCGCCCGGGACCGCGGCUCCCUCGCCCCGGGGGCCGGGUCUGGCGGCUUCCCCGUCCGCGGCCUCGGCUUCGGCGCCGCCCUCCGCGUCCGUGGCCCCUCCGGUCGCCGUGACGUCCGCCGUGGCCUGCCUCCCCCGCCAGCCCUGCGGCGGGGCCCCUCCCUCCCCCCCGCCCCACGGCCCCGGCUGGCACGCCGCUAUGGCGUCCACCGUCAUCAUGGUACCCGUGGGCCUGGUGUUUGUCGCCUUUGCCCUCCACUUCUACCGUUCCCUGGUGGCUCACAAGACAGACCGGCACCGGCAGGAGCUGGAAGAGCUGAGCCGGCUUCAGGGGGAGCUGCAGGCGGUGUGACCGGCCUGGCGGGGGCCGAGGCUCGGGGGCGGCCUCGGGAGGAGGUCCGCGCGGCCACGGCGCGGGGAGGGGGAAGCGGGACGCGCGGACGGACGCGACCCCGACGGCCCCAGGGUGGAACUCGGAAGCACUGACCGAUCCGAUCCGGACGAAGAGCCACGGGCUGGCCCCGGCCCCCACUGCCCCUCAGGAGAAAUCCAGAGCCGGGCGGAGGCUCCUCGGCCACGGACACGUCCCCUUCCCCGACCAGUCACGGCCACGGGAAACCCCACUCAGGUAGAUACCUAGCCUCCUAGGGACGAGGCCCCUAGGCCUCCCCCCAGGUUCUCCCCGCAUUGAUUCCUCGGGGCUGGGCCUCGAAGGAAACCCCCGUGAUCCUGAAUUUUGUAAGACCUGCCCCGCCUUCCUGUCACUCGGGCCCCAUUUCCUUGCACCUCUCUUGGCGGGAUGUCUCUUUCAAGCGAAAUUCUUUCAUCCCCGCCCUCUUGCUUCUGUUGGGACCACCGUAAUUGUUUGCAAGGCCGGGCCUCAGGCCUCCCCCCCACAGCCCCCACCGCCCCCUCACCACCCCGGACACACACUUCCCGUUUGGUUAAAGCUUAAGCUCCGACUGCACUAGUACCUGCUCCUUUGAGCUGGAUGCCUCUGUUCCUCCCUCCCGUUUUGGUAGGUCCCAUCUUAACGGUGGUUGCGAUCCCAAAGUUCCUCUCCACCGAAGUGCCAUCCUGGUGAGCCUUCCGCCGUUGCCUGGGUGGUUGGGGGUAUUCUGCUAUUGUCUAGCCCCCUCAUUUUUAGCGGUUUCCUCCCGGGGGUUUCCAAGCUUCCACCCCCUCCUGGAUCCGAGAGGUCGGUCCAGGACUCGGCUCCCCUGGUUUCCGAGAGGCAUGUCUGCCCGGUUUGAUCUACGGGGAUAUUUGCCUGUCGGUCCCAACUUCCGUUCCUCAGGGCCGCUGUCUGGACCCCUCUCUUGGUAGGCCCCGGAGUGCUCGGCCGACUCCCUCCGAGCCGAGCCCCGCCGGUCGGAAUCCACGUCCCGGGUCCGGUCCGGUAACGUUCCCGUCGCGGUAGAUCCAGCCUAUCCAAAAGAGAAGUCUUCCCCCGCCGCCCCACGGUAAUCUGUUUAUCGUAGGUCUUACUGAGGGCCCUGUUACAUCAGAACCAAUCUAAUUUUUCAUCACCAACCACUGCCUAUUUAUCCCCUCUCAACGUCACCCUCUCGCCGAAGCCCUGGGAGGAAAGGGAGUGACGGGAAGGGCAGAGUGGGCAACCGACGGCAGGGAGGAGCUGGUCUAGGAAAGGAACAAUUGGCUCACAUGGGGAGGGGUCUCUCCCCUGUCACUGUAAUCACCCCGAGGCCUUGCCGCUCACAGUGAGAUCCCCAAGGAUUGGGGAGCAACUCAGACACAGUUUUCAAUGCACCUUUUUUUUUUUUGUAAAAUAAAUCUUGUUUAACUAAAGA